AUGGAACUUGAAGGCCUUAAUAUAUCCCCAGAACUUCUGGAUACGGUCGUGGAACAGUACCGAGUUGAAAUUACGGACAAGGUGCUCGAUCUUAUCGCUAUGGGUCAACUAAAAAAGGAGCAGCCGGUAGAUACUUCAAACUGGGUGAUUGGAAGAUUCAUUCGAAUGCUACCUGAGCACUGCCAAAUCCUUGUUGAUCCAUCGGAAGCCUACUGUCCACCCCCCGCGUUCUGUGACUUGCCAACGUGGGAGGUAGUUCUUGGACCUUAUGUGGCAGUGGGAACUAUGGCCCGGAAUUUUCAACCCGUCUUCACACAUAAGAGAAGUCCAUCGCACGAGCAGGACUUGGACAAAAUAAUUUUAGCAGGGGAAGAGGUUUAUCUCCGCCCACAGACAGUCCGGCCCUAUUUUAACUUCGUUGUCGAUGAGUUCACCUUGGGUAUGAAGGACUGGCAACGAAAGGUGAUCACUCUUGAUCCAGAAUACGACAGUGAGAAGUAUUUGACGGAGGUAGCUCUUGAAAUGCUAGAGGAACGCGAAAACCUCUUCAAAACCCAACUUGCCGAAUUCAGCGGAUUGAUGCUUCAAUGGAGGGGGGAUCGCCGGUGGUAUGAAUUAGUCUUCCUGGAAAAUGAACUCCUGAAAGACCACAGCAACUGCCUACCACCGGGUUUCAGUGCCGACAAUCUUGUUGAUGCCCGUCGGCACAUAGAGAUCGAAACCGCGAAGGACUAUGCAGGUCUGAUUUCACCCUGGGAGGUUGGACUUCGUGAGAGGGAGCUCGGGGAGGGUUACAGUCAGCCCUAUGAUGCGGCCCAGAGAGAGAUGGCGGCCAUAGCUGCCGCUAUCGUCGAUAUCAAGAAUAUGUUAAGGACCAUGUGA